AUGUGUUCUUUUUGCUUCUCUUUCUUUCUUUCACAUUUAUUUGGUCUUUCUUUCAUUUUUUUUCCUUUCUUCUGUACCUAUCUUUUGUGUCUUUUUUACUUCUCUUUCUUUCUUUCACUUUUAUUUGGUCUUUCUUUCUUUCACUUUUAUUUGGUCUUUCUUUCUUUCACUUUUAUUUGGUCUUUCUUUCUUUCACUUUUACUUCUCUUUCUUUCUUUCACUUUUAUUUGGUCUUUCUUUCUUUCACUUUUAUUUGGUCUUUCUUUCUUUCACUUUUACUUCUCUUUCUUUCUUUCACUUUUAUUUGGUCUUUCUUUCUUUCACUUUUAUUUGGUCUUUCUUUCUUUCACUUUUACUUCUCUUUCUUUCUUUCACUUUUAUUUGGUCUUUCUUUCUUUCACUAUUAUUUGGUCUUUCUUUCUUUCACUUUUAUUUGGUCUUUCUUUCUUUCACUUUUAUUUGGUCUUUCUUUCUUUCACUUUUACUUCUCUUUUUUCUUUCUUUUUCUUUUUACUUUUAUUUUCUUUUUUCUUUCACUUUUAUUUGGUCUUUUCUUUCUUUCACUUUUAUUUGGUCUUUUUUCUUUUCUUUCACUUUUACUUCUUUUCUUUCUUUCACUUUUAUUUGGUCUUUCUUUUCUUUCACUAUUAUUUGGUCUUUUUUUUCUUUCACUUUUUAUUUGGUCUUUCUUUCUUUCACUUUUAUUUGGUCUUUCUUUCUUUCACUUUUUUUUCUCUUUCUAAUUUUUCACUUUUAUUUGGUCUUUCUUUCUUUUCACUUUUAUUUGGUCUUUCUUUCUUUCACUUUUUAUUUGGUCUUUCUUUCUUUUCACUUUUACUUCUCUUUCUUUCUUUCACUUUUAUUUGGUCUUUCUUUCUUUCACUUUUUAUUUGGUCUUUUCUUUCUUUCAUUUUUUUACUUCUCUUUCUUUCUUUCACUUUUAUUUGGUCUUUUCUUUCUUUCACUUUUACUUCUCUUUCUUUCUUUCACUUUUAUUUGGUCUUUCUUUCUUUCACUUUUUAUUUGGUCUUUCUUUCUUUCACUUUUUUCACUUUUCUCUUUCUUUCUUUCACUUUUAUUUGGUCUUUCUUUCUUUCACUUUUAUUUGGUCUUUUCUUUCUUUCACUUUUACUUCUCUUUCUUUCUUUCUUUUUUAUUUGGUCUUUCUUUCUUUCUUUUUUUCUCUUUCUUUCUUUCACUUUUAUUUGGUCUUUUCUUUCUUUUCACUUUUAUUUGGUCUUUUCUUUCUUUCACUUUUUUACUUCUAUUUUCUUUCUUUUUCACUUUUAUUUGGUCUUUCUUUCUUUCCUUUUAUUUGGUCUUUCUUUCUUUCACUUUUUCUUCUCUUUCUUUCUUUCACUUUUAUUUGGUCUUUCUUUCUUUCACUUUUAUUUGGUCUUUCUUUCUUUUCACUUUUAUUUGGUCUUUCUUUCUUUCACUUUGGUCUUUCUUUCUUUUUGGUCUUUCUUUCUUUCACUUUUAUUUGGUCUUUCUUUCUUUCACUUUUAUUUGGUCUUUCUUUCAUUUUUUUUUUCCUUUCUUCUGUACCUAUCUUUUUGUCUUUUUACUUCUCUUUCUUUCUUUCACUUUUAUUUGGUCGUUCUUUCUUUCACUUUUACUUCUCUUUUUUUCUUUCACUUUUAUUUGGUCUUUCUUUCUUUCACUUUUAUUUGGUCUUUCUUUCUUUCACUUUUACUUCUCUUUCUUUCACUUUUAUUUGGUCUUUCUUUCUUUCACUUUUACUUCUCUUUCUUUCUUUCACUUUUAUUUGGUCUUUCUUUCUUUCACUUUUAUUUGGUCUUUCUUUCUUUCACUUUUACUUUCUUUCUUUCUUUCUUUUUUUAUUUUCUUUCUUUCUUUCACUUUUAUUUGGUCUUUCUUUCUUUCACUUUUACUUCUUUUCUUUCACUUUUAUUUGGUCUUUCUUUUCUUUCACUUUUACUUCUCUUUCUUUCUUUCACUUUUUUAUUUGGUCUUUUUUUUUUCACUUUUAUUUGGUCAUUCUUUCUUUCACUUUUACUUUCUUUCUUUCUUUCUUUUUUUUAUUUGGUCUUUCUUUCACUUUUAUUUAUUCUUUCUUUCUUUCACUUUUUACUUCUCUUUCCUUCUUUCUUUUUUUACUUCUCUUUCUUUCUUUCACUUUUAUUUGGUCUUUCUUUCUUUCACUUUUUUAUUUGGUCUUUCUUUCUUUUCACUUUUACUUCUCUUUCUUUCUUUCACUUUUAUUUGGUCUUUCUUUCUUUCACUUUUAUUUGGUCUUUCUUUCUUUCACUUUUACUUCUCUUUCUUUCUUUCACUUUUAUUUGGUCUUUCUUUCUUUCACUUUUAUUUAUUUGGUCUUUCUUUUCUUUCACUUUUACUUCUCUUUCUUUCUUUCACUUUUAUUUGGUCUUUCUUUCUUUCACUUUUAUUUGGUCUUUCUUUCAUUUUUUUUCCUUUCUUCUGUACCUAUCUUUUGUGUCUUUUUUACUUCUCUUUCUUUCUUUCACUUUUAUUUUGUCUUUCUUUCUUUCACUUUUACUUCUCUUUCUUUCUUUCACUUUUAUUUGGUCUUUCUUUCUUUCACUUUUAUUUUGUCUUUCUUUCUUUCACUUUUACUUCUCUUUCUUUCACUUUUAUUUGGUCUUUCUUUCUUUCACUUUUAUUUGUUUUUACUGCAUUCUUUCUUCCUUCCUUCCUUCUUUUCUUUCUUUCCUGUCUUUAUUUAUAUAUUGUUCUUCCAUCCGUCCAUUUUUUUAUCGCUUUUAG